CCUGAUUGGGUGAUAGUAUAAUGACUUAAUGACUAAACUAAUCAGAUGGCAAAGUGGUUUAUGCUAGUGCUAUCUAUGUAUUAGCUAAUUAAUUAGUGAUAGUGAUCGUACUGAUCGUCAGGGAAUUCGAUUAGCAAUUAGAUUCAAUGGAUUCUCCAGCGAUUGGAAUAGAUUUGGGUACAACGUACUCUUGUGUUGGCGUCUUUCAGCAUAAUAAAGUGGAAAUUAUCGCCAACGAUCAAGGUAACAGAACUACGCCGAGUUAUGUCGCUUUUACCGAAGUCGAAACGCUAAUAGGAGAUGCGGCGAAAAAUCAGUCAGCGAGGAACGUAAAUAAUACCAUUUUCCAAGUCAAGAGGCUUAUAGGUCGUAAAUUCGACGAUGUCACGGUUCAGGCCGAUAUGAAGCUAUGGCCUUUUGAGGUUGUUAAUGAUAAGAAGAACAAACCAAAAAUCAAAGUUGAAGUCCAAGGUACUUCUAAAACCUACUCUCCUGAAGAAAUAUCGUCGAUGGUGCUACGAAAACUGAAAGAGACCGCCGAAGCUUACUUGGGUAAAAAAAUUAAAAAUGCUGUAAUCACGGUCCCAGCUUAUUUCAACGAUUCUCAGAGAUCGGCUACAGUUGAUGCGGCCACAAUCGCAGGCCUGAACGUAUUACGUAUAAUUAACGAACCUACAGCUGCCGCCAUUGCUUACGGUCUAGACAAAAAAGAUUCGGGCGACCAAACAGUAUUGAUUUUCGAUCUUGGCGGUGGAACUUUCGAUGUCUCGAUUCUAACUAUUGAUAGCGGUGUUUUUGAAGUGAUCUCAACUGCUGGCGAUACUCAUUUGGGCGGAGAAGAUUUCGACGACAGAAUAGUCAAUUACUUCGUUCGAGAAUUCAAACAGAAAUACAAGAAAGAUCUCACCCAAAACAGAAAAGCCUUACGUCGUUUACGAACCGCAUGCGAACGAGCAAAGAGAACGUUAUCGUCGGCCACUGUAGCCUCUAUCGAAAUUGAAUCUCUUCAUGAUGGAAUUGAUUUUUAUAGUUCGAUUUCUCGCGCCCGUUUUGAAGAAUUAAACGCUGAUUACUUUCGAAGCGCCAUAGCACUGGUUGAAAAAGCUAUCAAAGAUGCUGAAAUCAACAAAAAUCAAAUUGACCACGUCGUUCUGGUAGGUGGUUCGUCUCGCAUUCCGAAAAUACAAAAAAUUCUACAAGAUUUCUUCGAUGGUAAAGAAUUGAACAAAACGAUUAAUCCGGACGAAGCUGUAGCUUACGGAGCUGCGAUACAAGCUGCUAUACUAAACGGUGAUGAGUCGAAGAUUGUACAAGAUAUCGUGUUAUUCGACGUUACUCCGUUGUCGUUGGGCAUUGGUGCUCAAGUUGAUCAUAAAGAUAUGUUUGUGAUAAUUAAACGUAACACACAGAUUCCAGCAAGGCAUACUGUAACGCGCAAUUCAUUGAUCGAUAAUCAAACCCGUUUUAUUUUCAAAGUGUACGAAGGCGAGCAUGCCUUAACGAAGGAUAAUCAUUGGCUUGGUCAGUUUGAGCUUACUGGUCUCCCUCUCGCACCUGCUGGCAAAGCUAAAGCCGAUGUAACAUUUGAAAUCGAUGCUAACGGUAUAUUGAAUGUAUCCGCCAUCGAAAAAACGACCGGCAAUAACAACCAGAUCACCAUCGCAUACGAUAAAGGUCGUCUCAGUAAGGAUGAAAUUAAGCGUAUGAUCGCAGACGCUGAAGAAUCGCAUGUCAAAGAAGAAAAACGAAAAGCGGUAUUAGCUGCAAAACAUUCUUUAGCGUCGUACUGUGCCGACGUGAAAAGCACCGUUGAAGAAUUGAAAGAUAAAAUCGAAAAACUCGAUACAAACAUAAUUUUGAAAAAAUGUGAUGAAACUAUUCUCUGGUUGGAUUCGGAUAAAUCAGCUGAAAAAAGGGUAUUCGAAAGUAAACUGGAAGAACUGAAAAAAAUAUUCGACCCGAUCAUCUCGAUAGCCAGGCACCCCGAUGAAACAAGCGAUAAAUAUUACGAAAUAUUGAAUCUUUCCAAAGAUGCCAACCUAAAACAGAUCCAGAUAGCUUUCAGGAAAAUCGGUUCGAAAUAUCAUCCCGAUAAAUACAAAGGGGACAAGGAAAUUGCGAAUAUGUAUUGGGUAUUUAUUACAAAAGCAAAAAAUACUCUCAUCAAUCUAGUAAAAAGAAGAUUCUGAAGAGUGCAGAAUGCAGGUAGGUAGGUUGUGUGAAACAUCUGUGUAAUUUGGAAAUCAAGAAAUUUAAGAAUAUCUACUGUACCUAUUUCUCUUAUUUCAACGCCAUAUUUUCCAAUUUCGUGUUUAAUUCGGACACCUGUAAAGUUUUUGAAGCGACUUGACUUAAGUAUUGUGUUUUAUCCCAUAUCCCAUUCCCUGUUGAGAAUUUCUACGUAUUUAAUCUUGUCCAAUUUGUUGAUAAAUGAUUAUUGAUUUCUAAUUAUACUUAACCUAACCUAUUUUAACUCAUGUCUCAGUGGAUAUUAAAUCGAUAAUAUCAUACCUAUUUGCGAUUAGUUUAUAAGUUACGGUAUUCUUAUCGAGUUAAUUUUCCUUGGGUACUAUUUUUUUAAUAUACUUAUACUUAUUUGUACUUGCCUACUUUGUUUGUUUGUUGUUGUUUUUUUUUCGAAAAGACAGUCCUAUGAGGUAUGCGAUUGAAUAAAGUGAUGUUGCUGUAGUCUUCCUCUUCACUAGUUUGGUGGCUGAUUGGGUCUUUGGUGAUUGGCCACAUCUUUUCAAUAUUUCAAAAUUGCACAGAUGAAGCCAUCAAUCCUAAAGUGGAUAAUGUGUACCUAUUCAAUUAAAAAAUUAAGAGGAGCCAAGUAGGGAUUUGGUAGGUUUGAUAAUUUAUAAGGGAAGGUUCAACAUUACUAUAGGUAAUUGUAGGUAGGUACUCAUCGAAAAUAGUUGUGAGAGUUGUGACCCAAAAAAUUUUCAAUCGAGUUGAUUUUAUACCAUGUUCAAUUCUCAGCUGAAAAAUUUCAACGCUUUUGUCACUUUCUAGUUUCUUUUCUUGAGAAUGUUGUUGAGUGAAAUGAAAUGUUCAAAAAGCAAUAGAUCGUACGAAGUUUGCUUUUCAUUUUAUUUGAACAAAUAGUUUGGGUGAUCAGAUUUAGCUUAAAUUUUUUCACUUUAUCCAACAGGGCAUAAAAACCGGAUGAAUAUCACUAUCUCGGUUUUGGUUUUACGUUUUUUGAAAAAAUAAAUGUUUUGGUUGCGGUUUUUAAAAAAUGUCGCUCUCUUUUUCCCGGUUUUGAUUGAAUUGCUGACGCUAAAAAUGAAAGUUGGAUCGGCGGUAUUUUAAUGCGUAACUAUGAAACGGCACCUCCUCCGCCAUAAUUACGCCAAUAUAGCUAGAAGUAAAAGUUUAAAGUUAGAUUGUGAUGUACUUGUUAUAACUGGCAACGUUGCUUUAUGUAUGUAUCUUUUCAAAGUAACGGUUUCGUAUUGAAUAUAUGUAUUAUUACCUUUCUGUCAUGUCAACGAAUAUGUUAUUAUACGCCCUGAGAAAAGA